AAGCGACACAAAGUUUGAUGUUCCCUUCGAAACAGACACCGUUUACACACACACAAACACUCCCCGUGGGAGAUCGCUGGAGAUCGAGCUUUUUUGCGCGUGAAGCAUCAUAAAACUACACGUUUUAGCAGGGGGAGUUUACCACCUUCCAAAAAUGGUGCCUCCAGCAGCAGUGGACCUCCGUAGUGGCCAGCGGCGAAAGGUAAAAAUUUCGCCAAAUCUUAAACCAUCAAUCGGCAUCGAGUCAAAACGGCUGAGAAGAAAGUACGUCCGGAGGAAGCGCCACCGUCACUCAACAAAAUGCUGUCACCGUCCCGCUGUGGCGAAAGCGAUCGUUUGAGAUUGGGCGCCGGAUUUUUUUUAAUUAUUUCAUCGAACGACAUCCAGCUCGAUCGCAACAGUUCCCUCUGAGUGGUUGGAUUGGUGUGUUGUGUGACUUGCUGAGUGAGCUACCACAUGCAGUGUUCAGGUGCAUAUUCUGGCGCCUUGAUAACGUUCCUGGCUUUUGCAUAGUGUUAUCGAGCUGGUGCAAUUGCAGCAAAUGCAAAACACUGUACGUUCGAUUUGCUCGGAUGCUCGUGAAAUACGCUGACGAACGAAAGUAAAAGUGCGAGAAAUUGAAAUUGUGUCACUUUGGUGCUAAAUAUUAUCAAACAUCAUACCGUUUUUGUGACGAGAUUUGUUGUUCAAUCAGUACGUUAUGAUCAGUUUAUUGGGUGAAGUGCAAUAGUGAUACGUAAAAAGUGUUAAUGUUUAGCACUGACACGCGACGUGCAAGUGAUGAUCAAGUGUGAUCCAAGCAAUCAGUGGAAUAAUUUCCAAGACAUCAAGCCAUAAGUUGAAGCCGUAAACUGAAGCAACUUCUUACAAACGUGUGAUACUACUCGAGUAGACUUCAGUCCCCUCUUUGGACCACUGGGUGCAUUUUUACAACACAAAGCGAAUCAUUCUGCAGCAAAACAAAACCCUCCUGCUGCGACUGCUGCUACUGCUGCCGGUGUUACAACAGAACCAUAAAACUCGUUGCACCGUACCGUGACUACGACAGUCGUGUGAUAGGACGUCUCAGGUCGUAACAUUGAAAGAACGCCACAGGGCAGAACAGUUUCAAAAAAUGCUCCAAAGAAGCAGCAGCAAGUGCUCACUUCUAACCGUCCUGGUGUUGGUGAUCGCGUUAGGCGAGUUUCCAUUGCUUCUAGCUAAGGCCGGUGACAGUGACCUAAAUGAGGUGCGCAUUGGAUUUGGAACAUCGUUUAGCGCACGGCGGGACGUACGGUUCUAUCUUUAUACGCCGCUGAACCGCGCCGAUGCGCACGUAUUCUCGAUCGAGACGGUGGACACGCUGAUGCGAUCCUUCUACAACUCCAGCCAUCCUGUGAGAAUUAUAAUCCACGGAUGGUUUAACAAUGCCACCUCGCUGGUGAUACAGGGCAUCAAGGAUGCGUACCUCGAUGCCGGCAGCUACAACGUGAUCGGUGUGGAUUGGGGCGUCGGUGCAGGAGAGUCCUACUUCCGUGCGUCACAGUACACGAUCGCGGUCGGGUUGGUGGUGGCAGACCUGGUCAAGCAGCUCGUACGCUCCGGUAUGGCCGAGCUGGACAGGCUCUACCUGGUCGGCCACAGUCUCGGGGCACACAUUGCCGGCAAUGCGGGACACUCGCUCAAAGCUCAACCACUCCACGUGAUCUACGGGCUCGAUCCGGCCUCGAUCAACUUCUUCCAGGACGAGCCGGACUCGCGCCUCAGCCCAGAUGAUGCACUGUACGUGGAGGUUAUCCACACCAACACGCAACUCUCCGGCUAUCCGGCACCGCUCGGGCAUGUCGACUUCUACAUGAACUAUGGGCGUAAGCAGCCCGGCUGCAAGACGGACGUCUGCAGCCAUGGCCGCUCGACCGAGUACUUUAUCGAGUCGUUACGUAACACGACCAAAGGAUUCUGGGGCGUCGGGUGUAACGAUUACGCCGAGAUCCGGCAGCGCACGUGCUACAACAUCAAGCAGCAGGCGGUGAUGGGUGGUGAGUACUGGCAGAAGAACAUUACGGCCGGUGUGUACACGGUCGAGACGCUGGCAGAGUCACCGUACGCGAUGGGUUACGUUCAUUAGUAGCGUGUUGUUACUUAAGCUAUGUUACGCCUCGUGUGCAAGAAGUGUUAAUCAUGGUAAAUAACAGUAAAUAAAUGUCCCCAUAUCAUGAUAAUGCACU